AUGGGACGCCUGAGGUAUCAAUCCCAUCAAAAGUUCUUAAACAAGGAUGAGUAUAUCAUAGGAAAGUUUCAUAAGUGCUCUUUACCUCCGGGUGGAUUGGUUCAUGCUGUUGCUAAUAGGAUUUGGGGAAGAAGCUGUAAGAUCUCUUGCAAGAAGCUGAGUGAUUCAUCCUACAUGUUUCAUAUCCCGCAUCAACCUACUCGUCAUUGGGUAAUCCAAAGAGGAAUUUGGCAUAUCGAUGAUUGUUUGCUCUUUGUUUUGCCAUGGAUUCCGGAGGGGUCUUUUAAAAUACCUGAAGUUUCAACACUACCGGUGUGGGUUACUCUAAAAGAAAUUCCAGAUUGCUGCUAUUCAAGACUAGGAAUUAGUCAUGUUGCUUCUGGCCUUGGAGAGCCUAUCUUAACUCAUAAGCCUCGCUUGGAUCCUUCAAACAUGGGGGAAGCUAAAGUGCUAGUUGAAAUGGAGUUGGAGAGAAAUUUUCCGCAACUUAUAGCUCUGGAUGAUAAGCAAGGCCAUAUUUAUCUGGUUAAAGUAGAAUACACUUGGAUACCUUCAACUUGUGAGAGAUGUGGCGGCUUAGGUCAUAAAGCGAAGAGGUGUCUUUUGCUUUCAAAACCUCUAGAUUCUUCUGGUUCCUCAGCAAAUCCAGAGGGUGUGAGUGUUGACAUUCCCGUUGUUGACAUAGACAAAAACUUGCAGGAAAAUAAUGAUGAAACAAUCUCAGGAAGCCUUCAUAAAACGUCUGCUACUGUGCCUCAGGUACCAAAUGAUUCUUCACUUCCUCCUUUGGAAUGCCAUUUUAUUAAAGACGUACCAGAGGAAUGCCAAGCUUCAAAUACCCCACAGGUCCAACAUGAUAACCAACUAGCACAGCAAACUUUGACCAAGACUUUAUCACCAUUAGUAGAUAUUGCAUCUACUCCCAUCUCAGCUUAUACUAUGGAAUUUUCUCCAUCAAACAUUAUCAACAGGGAGGUCCAAAAAGCCUCUAUGGUUGAUCCCUUAAACACAUCGGCUCAGGUAAGUGAAUUUCAGAGUCCUUCUCGGUUUGCUGUCCUUGGUGAUGUGGACAUGGCCCCUGAUGAAACAACGAGCUCGCUCGGGUUUACUAGGGGGAGGGAAUCAAGACCUCCAAUCAAGUUCCAAGAUCUAGUAUGGAAGACAACACAAGGGAGAGGUAAGCAUGGCCGUCGCGGCCGUGGUAAUACUCGCUAG